UGGAUAAAAGGGUCUGGGACGGCUGGACGGCAAUAACUCAGCAUCGUUCAAGCAAGCACGGGAGAGAGUGUUGAGUGUAGUCAAUCUGACGUCGAAGGCUGAGAACCGGAGGAUAUCACAGCAGUGGGCGGAUCGUGUUGUUUGAGCACUUCUUAGGUGAUUACAGAGGCGGAGCCUAAAAGAUCCGAUAUGUGGGGUGUCUUCCUCAACCUCUUUUAUUGCCUCUGUAGGCUGUGCUCCUCCAAUUCUCUCGAGAUGGAAGGAAAUGAACCCACUCAUUCAGAAGGUCCGAAUUCUAGGGCUUUUUCCUCGUCGACCUCUCCACCUGCAGGUGAUUAUGAAGGCGGAACUAAGAAGACAGAAGGAAAUGAUUAUGAAGUGUUCUUGAGCUUUAGAGGAAAAGACACUCGCAAAGGUUUUACCGAUUAUCUCUAUACUAGUCUUGUCGGUGCAAGAAUUCAUGUGUUCAGAGACGAUGAGGAGCUUCGUGUUGGUGAGGAGAUAGGUCCGGAGCUUUCCGCAGCAUCACACAGUCUAAAAUCUCCAUCCCAAUUAUCUCAGAGGACUAUGCUUCCAGCAAAUGGUGCCUUCGUGAGCUGGCACAUAUAUUGAAGUGCAAAAAAAAUGGAGGGCAAAUAGUGUUGCCCAUAUUUUACAAAGUGGAACCCUCGCAGUUACGAAAUCCUACGGGGAGAUUGAGAGCUGCUAUCAAUACACAUAAAAAGAAUUUGACAGAAUAGUUACGCAGGAAUGGGAAAAAGCGCUUGAAGAAGUUAGUUUCCUAAAAGGAUGGGAAUCGGAGAAAGAUGAAAACGGGUACAUUAUUCUCCAACAAAAAAAAAAUUGAAUUCUUUUAGAUCUUUCUUAGAAAAGCAUAUAAUCGUUGCCAUCCUAUAUUGAAAUUCAUUAUCUUUUGACAGGCAUGAAGGGGCAUUGGUUAAUAUUGUUGUCAGAGAAGUUAUGAGAGAGUUAAAAAGACUUUUUCAGUUAAAUGUUCCCGAACAAUUAGUGGGAAUCGAUCAUCGAGUGGAGCAAAUUAUGAGCAAAAUAGAUGUUAAUUUCAUUCGUACAUGGAUAAUUGGAAUUUAUGGAAUGGGCGGCAUCGGUAAGACAACUCUUGCAAAGGUAUUAUACAACAAACUCUCUAGUCAUUUUGAGGAUCGUAGCUUUGUGGCAAAUAUUCGAGAGACAUCUGAACGUAAGGGCAUUGAAUGCCUACAAAAGCAGCUCAUUUCUGACAUAAUAAGAAAAUCGUUUGAUGUGUCUAAUGUCGACGAGGGAGUCAGUGUCAUAAAAUCUCGAUUUCCAAGUAAGAAAAUUCUCGUUCUUCUUGAUGACAUGGACGAUAUUGCUCACUUGAAUGCUUUGGCUGGAGACCAUAAUUGGUUUAAAGCAGGAAGUAUAGUCAUCAUGACAACUAGAAACAAGAGUAUUCUUGACAAGGCUAGGGCAGACCACAUGUACCCACUCAACGAGUUGCCUUUGGAUAAAUCAUUGAUUUUAUUUAGUAGACAUGCAUUUCGAAAGGAUUCUCCCAAAAGUGAUUAUGAGGUUAUCUCUGGUGAUGUUGUAUCUAUUACAGGAGGGCUACCCUUAGCUCUUGAAAUUAUAGGUUCAUUUUUAUGUGGAAAGACAAAAAAAGUAUGGGAAGAUACAUUAAAGAAAUUAAAGCAAGUGCCUGAUAAGAAAGUGCAAGAGACAUUGAGGAUAAGUUACGAUGCAUUAGAGUAUGAGGAGCAACAGAUUUUUUUGGAUAUAGCAUGUAUUUUUAUUGGAACACAUACAGAAGCUCCGACUUAUGUGUGGGAUGCGUGUGGUUUUUUUCCGGAGAAGGGGAUUGAAGUAUUGAGUCUUAUGUCCCUAAUUAAAAUUGAUGAGAUGGCAUCAUCUAAUGAUGCAUGAUCAGCUGAGAGAUUUUGGAAGGGAAAUUGUUCGCCAAGAAAAUCAAAGGGAACCUCAAAAGCGUAGCAGAUUAUGGAAUACUAAGGAAGCCGCAGAUGUGAUUUACAAUAACAAGGGCACAAGUAAAAUUGAGGCCCUUUGUCUCGACAAAGAUGAUGGGAGAGAAAGCUACACGGUUGAGAACUUUAAACAAUUGACCAACUUGAGGUUCCUUCAAUUGAGCGGAGUGAACAUCACUGGAGAUUUUCACAACUUUCUUCCUCAAUUAAGAUGGCUUGAAUGGGAUAAUUGUUGCUUGGAUUUUGAAGAGGCUAACUUUCACCCAAAGAAAUUAAUCGUGCUUGACUUGGGGGAUAGUCAGAUUUCGGAGGACUGGGGAGGAUGGGGCCCAGUAAAGAUGGCAAUGGAGCUCAAAGUUCUUUUCCUUUCGAAUUGUGCUUUGAGAACAACUCCCGACUUGUCUGCUUUCAAUAGCUUGAAGACUUUGUGUCUUUAUGAUUGUCAGGAUCUAGAGGAGAUUCAUCCUUCUAUCGAGGACAUUAAGACCCUCGUCACCUUGACUAUUGAAAAGUGUCAUAAAUUGAAGGAGCUAACGCUAGGAGUAGGUAGAAUGAAAGAAUUGAAGGAGCUAAUCAUAGGUGACACUCAUAUACGAGAAAUUCCUAUUUCAAGAGGUUGUUUGAUAAAGCUGAAGACUUUAGAUGCCUCAUAUUGUAGACAACUUGCUCGACUUCCAGAAUCCUUGGGCUCUCUUAUAUCAUUAACUCAGCUAAACCUAUCAAACACAGGAAUUAAAGAAUUACCCGAAUCCAUUGGAUCUUUGAAGAAGCUCAAGACUCUAAAUGCCUCUUAUUGUGCAUCGUUAGCCCACAUACCCAACUCAAUAGGUGAUUUAACAUCUCUAUCUCACCUUAACCUAAUAAAAUGCCAAAAAAUUGCUCAACUUCCAGACUCUAUAGGCUUCCUCGUGUAUCUAUUGUGCUUGUUAUUGUCAGGAUGCCACUCGUUAAGACAAAUCCCAGACUCGAUCGGAAAGUUGACAUCAUUGAUAGAGCUGGAUUUGAAAUCUACCGCCAUUGAAGAAUUACCUGAAUCCAUUGGUUCUUUGAAGGAGCUCAAGACUCUAGAUGCCUCUUAUUGCAAAUCGUUAGCCCACAUACCCAACUCAAUAGGCAAUUUAACAUCUCUGUCUCACCUUGACCUGAAUGAAUGCCAAAAACUUGCUCAACUUCCAGAAUCCAUAGGCUCCCUUGUGUAUCUACAGUGGUUGUCAUUGUCCGGAUGCCACUCAUUGAGACAAAUCCCAGACUCGAUCGGAAAGUUGACAUCAUUGAUAGAGCUGCAUUUGAAAUCUACGGCCAUUGAAGAAUUACCUGAAUCCAUUGGUUCUUUGAAGGAGCUCAAGAUUCUAGAUGCCUCUUAUUGCAAAUCGUUAGCCCACAUACCCAACUCAAUAGGCAAUUUAACAUCUCUGUCUCAUCUUGACCUCGAAUGA